AUGUACCACCGACACUGCUUGAAAUGUGUCGUGUGCAACAGACGUUUGGAUAGCGUGUCAUUAUUGGAGCAUGAUGGUGAGCCAUUUUGCAGCAAUUGCCAUCGCACACAUUUGGGUCAAGGCAAGGACAGGUUUGGCACGGCCGUUCCUUUGAAACCCAAGAUUCCCAUACUCACUUCGCAGAAUCCGCCAACAACAUCGCAUUGCAAGCCAUCACAGCCUCCUCCAUCUAAAGCCAAUUCCGAUACCAAUAUCAGUGCUAGAAAGCCGUUACCCAUAAGUCCGUCUGGAAGUCAAGAUCCUUUGCCUAUUCCGGCAUCGCUAAGUAUGCAGAAUGUUGUUCCUCUACACGGCCCGCCAGCGGUGGGACAGACCCCUCUAUGUGGGCGUUGCCAAACACCUGUGUACUUUGCCGAGCAAAAGCAUGCGGCGAAUCGGAAAUGGCAUCGUGCAUGUCUGCGAUGUGAAGGAUGCCGAGCGUCCCUAGAACCGAAUCGCGUGGAAGAAGGACCGGCCGACCUAUGGGAUCAAGGUUGGGUCAACACCUGGUGUCAUAUGUGCUAUUCCAAGAAAUUUGGACCAAAAGGCAUAGGUGUCGCAGGCAUGUCUUAUCCCACACCGCCCAAAUAG